CCUCUCCGUUAGAAUUCCGUCAAUUAAUUUCAAAAAAGAUCCUCAUGUUUCUCAUUCGUUAUGAGAAGAAUCCUAUACUCUCUGCAACUCUCCCGAAACCCUAAUUCAAACAAUCCUCUGAAGCUCUUUCGUUACAGCCUCUUCUCUUAUGAUAUCAUCACCACGAAGCUCGGACGCCCCAAAAUGUUCAAUGAGAUGGAGCAAAUCUUUGCUCAGACGAGCCAGGAGACUCGGUUCAUCCCCAAAGAGGUCAUUUUUGCAAUGUCAUCUCCUUCUACGACCGCUCUCGCAUGGCCGAACAAGCUCUUCGAACUUACGAUCCAAUUCCUGAUUUUCGUUGCCAAAGAACGUUUGAGUAACUCGUUGGAUGAUGCUUGUAAGUUGUUUGAUGAAACGCGAAGGAAGGACAUUAAACCAAAUGCAAUUACUUUUGGAACACUGAUUUCUGUUCUCUGUGCCAAUUUGAAGUUGGGCGAAGCUUUUAGAUUGAAAGAGGAUAUGCUGAGGAUCUUUGGUUUGAGACCUAAUGCUUUUGUUUAUGCUUCGUUGAUCAAAGGCCUUUGUUAGCCUUUAAGCUAAAAGAUGAGAUAUUGUCGGAGAAGAUUGUAGGGUUGGAUUCAGCGGUUUAUACUACUUUGAUAAGUGCACUCUUUAGGGCUGGUCGGAAGGGAGAGGUUUCUGGGAUUUUAGAGGAGAUGACCAGAAUUGGCUACAAACCUGAUAAUAUUAUUUACAAUGUUGUGAUCUCUGGAUUUUGUAAUGAGAAGAAUUUUGAUUCAGCCUAUGCUCUCCUAAAUGAAAUGAUAGAGAAAGGAUGUAAUCUGGAUGC